GCACUGUUACUCCGCAUGUCAGAUUGUAUGGAAUUCUGCGCUUGUUCCCCUUGACGAAACUGACACGGUAGAUUCCUAGCACGCCGUAAUCUCGGCCUCCCAUAAUUGUCUUCUUCCGCUAACAACUUUGGGUUGACUUUCGCUCGCUCGCUAACGGACUCUGCCUCUGGACAUGAAGUUCUCCUCUCAGUGUCCAUCCGUUCUUACCCUUUUCUUCUCAACGACUGCACUAUGCAAUGCGGUCGCACUUCUCGCGACCGUCUACAGGGUAUUCGGGCCCGGGAAGGAAGUGGUGCAUACCUGGAUCGACAGAGAUAACCCUUUGGAAAUGCCUACCGGACCCAUAGACACAGUCGAGAUGACAUUCCAAGAGUCAAUGCGGUAUGGCUUCACCGACAACGACACCACUGACAACUGGGAGACCCUUUUCACAAAUCAAUUUGGAAUCGGUUUCGCCCACUUGGGUCCUUUCCAUCAUCGCUUCAUUGGUGCAGCCUACCAUUCUCUACACUGUGUCUAUUCCAUGUCAGAAGAUUUCGACAAACCAGAUCACGUCGCCAACCCCAGCCACCACUUCAUCCAUUGUCUUAACUAUAUGCGGCAGAUCUUCCUAUGUACCGCCGACAUGACCUUGGAGUCUGGAGACUUUAUGAUGAGGAAUCUGACCGUGGAUCGGAUGGGCGUGACGCGGCAAUGCAGGGAUUGGGUGCAAGUAGGAGACUGGAUCAACCAGAAUUUCAAGGAGUGGAGUGAUUACAAUGGAGUGACUUGGGAUUGACGAUGAAGUUGGCCGUAAUCAUUGAAGUGUCCGACAUGAUGGUCGGACACUUCAAUUUCACAGCGCUGUUUCGGGAUUAUACUACGUAUUAGCGACACAUAAAAGCCGGUCGAUUGGUUUCGAUCGUCGAUCACCUUUGGAUAGCCAGUCAACUAGCCUCAGGAUCCGAAUACUCACCAAUACUAUAUUUCUCGUCGAAACUUCCACUAGU